GAGGCGCGCGAGUGCCGGCUGCUGCGCCGGCGGCCGUGGGGCCCGGAAGCGAGGCAGCGGGACGCGCGGGCCAUGGCUCCCUGGGCGGGGGCCGAGCUCGCGGCGCUGAGCCCGCUGCGCGCUGUGUGGCUCACGCUGGCCGCCGCCUUCCUGCUGACCCUGCUCCUGCAGCUCGUGCCACACGGCCUGCUCCCGGGCUGCGCGCUCUUCCAGGACCUGAUCCGUUAUGGGAAAACCAAGCUCGGGGGCCCGCCGCGCCCCGCCGCCUGCCGGGCCUUUGAUGUCCCCAAGAGGUAUUUUUGUCACUUCUAUAUCAUCUCCGUGCUGUGGAACGGCUUCCUGCUUUGGCACCUUACACAAUCUCUGUUCCUGGGAGCGCCUUUUCCAAACUGGCUUCAUGGCUUGCUCAGAAUUCUUGGGGCUGCGCAAUUCCAGGAAGGCGAGCUGGCGCUGUCUGCAUUCUUGGUAUUAGUAUUUCUGUGGCUACACAGCUUGCGAAGACUCUUCGAGUGCUUCUAUGUCAGUGUCUUCUCCAAUGUCAUGAUUCACGUCGUGCAGUACUGUUUUGGACUUGUCUACUAUGUCCUCGUUGGCCUGACUGUGCUGAGCCAAGUGCCAAUGGACGGCGGGAAUGUCUAUGUGAUAGGGAAAAAUCUCUUGAUGCAAGCUCGGUGGUUCCAUAUCCUCGGGACGAUGAUGUUCAUCUGGUCGUCUGCCCAUCAGUAUAAGUGCCACGUCAUUCUCGGCAAUCUCAGGAAAAAUAAAGCAGGAGUGGUCAUCCACUGUAACCACCGGAUCCCCUUUGGAGACUGGUUUGAAUACGUGUCUUCUCCCAACUACUUAGCAGAGCUGAUGAUCUACGUUUCCAUGGCCGUCACCUUUGGACUCCACAACUUAACCUGGUGGCUAGUGGUGACUUACGUCUUCUUCAGCCAGGCCCUGUCUGCUUUCCUCAGCCACAAAUUCUACAAAAGCAAAUUUGUCUCCUACCCGAAGCAUAGGAAAGCUUUCCUACCAUUUCUGUUUUAAGACCACCUCAGUCAUGGAGAAUGCAAACCUGGUGACAGGUUCAGUUCCUAAGGACAACGAAGUGUAGAGACCAGAGUACAGUUUCUGCGGAACUGUUUGAAACCCUCUGCUCCUUUUUUAUACCCCGGAGUCUUCACUGAACGAGCAAAGCAGUACCCCUCAAGAAAAUGAAUCUCCAAAGAAGAAAUACUUCUGGCAGACCUGGGGAUGCCGUGUCUGCUCUCUAAGAGGCUUUAUGAAACCAACCCACUGCUAAAACGUAGGUGAGACUGCUCCAAGCUGCUUCGAAAGCACACUAACCUGGAAUAUACGGAUGGCUUCAGACCUGCUCAUACAUGCCCAAAGGAAGACAUCAGGCCAUCAGGGGCUUUGUUCUUCUUAGGGACAAAUUAAUUCACUUGACUACAUAAUCAGCAAGAGAGUAGGUGCUCCCUAACUGUGGCGUUUCAGUAAAAGCAGAAUAGCCUUUGAAAAUGCCAUCAAUAUAUAAUCUCACACCAGUGGGUUCAGGGAAAAUGAGUUGUUGGAGUUAGUUGAUACUUUCACAUUUGACCACCAAGACUUCUAGUUAUGUGCCCAUCCAUGGUCGUUUCCACUCGUCUCCCCCUCAACUCACAGCCAAACGGAAAGUUUGAAACCUCUUUUAUUUGAUACUUAUUUAACAUCCCUUUCAAGGGAGUACCUUAAAAGUGAAAACAUUUGGAAAUAAAAUAUUUUUAUAUUUAUGCCUAAAAAGCCUUCCUGAGUGGAAAUGACUGACCCUCUGGACGGGGUCGUGCUGCAGCCUCAUUCGUUGCGGUUAUUCAAGUUGGAUUAAUGCCUGCCUGAGUUUGUUUCAGCUAAUAGAAUCUGAAGGCAUUUAGGAAUAAAGUUUACACCUGAAAUAGCUUAUGUUAAAGACAACAGCCGUGAUUAAAUCAAAGGGAGAUAAGUGCACGGUAUGAAAGAAAAACAAAAACUUGAAAAACAAUACCAUAGCCUGACAAGACAGUAACCACUGCACAUUCGUGCGGCGUGAGAUUUACUGGCUUAUUGACUGAGGUAUUAACUUUUUUGCUUUUAUGCAGAUGUCACAUUAUGGUCUACUAGGUACUAAAGUUUUGCACUAGUAUACAGCACGCAGUGGGGCCAAGAACCUCAUCAUUAACAAGAUACAUAUCAAACGCACAGUCUACAAAUAUCCUCCUGACCCCCGUCCCUGGAGUGGUAAACCAAAGCUGUUAAACUCACACUCUUUUUAAUCUAACUGUCAACGCGUGCAUAUCAAAGCGUAUUCUAAAGUUCUUACAAUAAUUCUGAUGGAGCAUUUUCUCUCCCAUCAAUCAAAUGCCACUUCAGUCACUUGCUCAGUCUGUUCAGACAAAUGGCAUAUUCAUUCCCUUUAUCAUUUAGAUUUGCCAUCCUCAGGACCAGGACUCAGGUACAAAACUUUCUGCACUGGAAAUGUAAAGCAUAGUGCAGUUUGUUCCCAAUUUCCACACAAAUGGCAUGAAUAAUUUUUAACAGCAAAUUAUUUGGGGGAAAAAUGUAUUUUGCAUUAGCGUGCAAUUUUAUACCUAGGUUAGAGUAGGAAUUUGACUGAUGUUGUAGAAUUUCAUUGCACUUUGAAGUCAUGGGCGUCCCCUGUGAAGAGCCCUAUCGGGCUGUGAGAAAGCGUCCGCAGGCCCACUCGCCUUGUUCCGGUCCCGCUAGCAUCCUCGCUGUCCCCAGCACACUCCUCAUCUCUCUUACUUUCCUCUGCUGUUCUUUGCCCAAACAUUGCAUUUUUAGGUGAAGAUCAAAAAGAGGAAGUAGUGAUGUUCUCAGAGGGGUUCAGAACACAGUAGCGUGGUCUGUGAUGAGCGCUGAACCAAUGGAGAAUAGUUGAGAAAUGUGCUGUGCUUGCAAGAUCACGGUCAGCAUUGCUCUUUGUGUUCGUGACAGCAGUCCAUGUGCCCAAAGGGAGAGCUGCACAGCCAGUGUGCACAUUCCUCACGUGGAUAAUCCAGAAAUGACUUGGGGCUAGAGUCUUGCUUUUCCCACUGGUUUGGUUGAAUAGUCUUAACCUUUCAUUCUCAGUUUCUAUGAAGUUAGGGGAGGUGAUGCUGAACCACAUCCAAACAGCAUGCCCUGGGUUAACUGCUGACUGUAUGAAUGGGCUGAGAUUAGCCUUUGUUCUUGUUAAGUUCCUGACUUGUAGCUCACGCUCUAUGCUGACGCUUGCCUUCGGUGAGCGUGAAUUAUUGUGUCUCCACAAUGCUGUUUUCUGUAUUAUGUUUUAAUUCAAUGAGUGGUUAUUGCUAGAAUUCCUACAAUAAAACAAAAAGAGCCUUUGCAGAUAUUUUUAUAUGAAGCUUGAUAGACAGUGUAAGGAGACUGUAAACGUCUGCAUCACUAAAGGUGCCUGAAAACUCAAGUCCGCUGACAAGGGAUGUAUCUCAAAAGGAACUGAUAGACGAAGAAGGCCGUAAAAUAGCAAAUGAGCAAGUAGAAAUUCUUUACACCCAGCUAAGCAGUGUCUGCCCACUCUUCCACAUUGCUCGUUAGAAACAAAAAUCAUUCAACUGGUUUUUAUAAACGUCUUGUAUUAGCCUAACCUUCUAAGAUUCUUCUGAUAAAUGAACAAGAAACAGUGGAGGUGGCAGUGAUCCGUAAAUAAUUCACGUGACGCACACAGCGUCGUUUUUCUCAAACACCCAUGAUCUGGAAAACCGUCUGUUGGGUUUGGGGAAAGCAAAAUUUAAUUGUCCAAAUGAAAGCUAUUAUAAAGAGCUACUCUCUGCACAUAAUGAGAAAGUAUAAUAUUGGAUCUCUCCCUUCAAAAAGACUGAACACUUGAAGCGCUUAGAGGACAAAAGAGCACAAGGGAUUUCUCAGCAGAAAGACCAUCUGCAGCCUGGUUCCAGCCGUCUGGGUAAAACCUCAUAGCACGUGUGUGGUUCUUAUCAGGGCUGCCUGGCCUACACAGCACCUUUCUGUGAAUUAGAAAACACAUCACUCUAGGAACAUCCCCAUGAUAGCGGAACAAGAACCUUUGGGCACAGAAGGCCACUGGUGCUGGAGCUGCAUGUCAAUGAGCAGAGUUCAGGCUGGAUCUCAGCCCGACUCACCCUUUCAGGCUGGUGUCCUCUGUGCAGUGGACAAAUUGCACAACCUUCCAUAGAGACUCUGCUCAUCAUGCUGCCCUGCCCGUCUGCAGAUUCUGUUCACUCUUGAAAAAAGCAAAACUUGAUUUCAUCGAAUCAUCUCAUUGAGAAAGACCGUGAAAAUGAAACUAGGAGAGGGAAUAUUUUGCUUCCUUGCUGCAUACGAACUCCUGUCUUCCCAGCUCAUUGUUGUAGUACUGAAAUUUAAACAAUCUUUCCACCCUAUUGGGACCUCCAAUCUAUUGAUCUCAUGGCAUUUUUAUUGUCCUUUUCCUCUCAGUAGUCUUCUCUUAUCUGCUUACCGUGCUUAAAUUCCAAGUAAAUCACUAUAAUCAUUCCUUUGCAUAUAUCCUCAACUCUCCUGCCUCCCUAUGUCGCUUUUUCCUACUGAUUUAGCAAAGUCACAACCCUGGUUAAAUUCAACUUUCCCUCCUUUGUGUGUGCACCUGUGCAACCAAACUGGCUGGAGAAAUACAAUCCACUGACAGCCCACUUCACAUUCAUGACCACCAACCUCAAGUGAUCUUUAAUGCUGCAGUCAUGCUAAUGUUCCCUCGUCCAUUCACUCCCACACUCUGCUGGCUGUUACAGCUUCUCUGUCCUCAGGAAAACGAAGCUAUUGGAAGAGAACUUCCACAGGUGACCACCACCGCCAUCCCCCUAAGCACCUGUGCCCGCAUACACUCCCUUUCCUAGUUAGAAUUGUUGAAGGAUACUGUUUUUUAAAAUAAUGUAAAAUCAUGAUUCUCGCACAAAUAUAAAAUGAACUUGUGCCAAAGAUUUUAUUUAGCUCAUUAAGUAAUGAAGGAACCAGUAAGACGUUAGAACCAGUUCAGAGAAGCAUCCUAAAAGCAGACACAUAUAUGGAUAAUGAGGAAUGCCAAAAUGAAUUUGCCUAAUAGAUGCAAAACUGGCUUCUGUAGCUGGGGAGGGAAAUCAAUUGUGCCUUCAUUGGACAAAAUUCAUUUGUAUGUUUAUGCAAAAGAAUUAUUUGCAUUCCUAUCAAUUGUCUAGGACUUAAGAGUUGUAAAAUAGCUCAAAGACAAUGAAAGGUGCAGAUAGCCCGAAGAGUGGGCUAGACAGGGCACAGCCACAGUUUUUGCUCAUUUCAAAGUCAUUUACAGUUUUUUCCUGAAACCAUAAAUAAGCUCUCUGGAUUUCCACCCAAAUCCAGCCCCUCUACUUGAACACUAGAGUCUACCUAAGGACAUUGCUUGGCCAUUCCCCCUCCUACUAGAUCAUCAAAUUUGUGUCGUUUGCUCAACACUCCCAUCGGCAGAUAAAUACCUUUUUAAAACCUUCUAACCCCAUUUCCCUCACCAGAUACAGUCUGAUUUCUCUGGUUCCUUUGCAGCAAAACUAGAAAGCUUUAUUUGAUUCCUUCUAGCUUCAGUUCUUUUUGUUUCACUGCUAAAUGCACUCCGGCCACUCUUUCGACCUCACGGCUCCAGUGACACUGCUCUUGAAAAGGUCUCCGCCGACCAUCCCAAACCCAGUGCUCGCUCCUCGGUGUCACACCAACACAGCGGCAGCAGGUGGUUCCUUCACCUGGAGAUGCUUUCCUUCAGUGACUCCAAGACCCCACACCUUUGGAUUUUCCUCCUUCCUCCCCGGCUGCUCCUUCCCAGUUUCCUCUACUGAUUCCUUCUCUUUUUCCUGACUUAUGCCGGAGUGCGCCAAUUCUCAGUUCUUGGUCCCUUUCUCUAUCCAUACUUGGUGCUAUCAUCCAGCCUCAUGACCAAAUACUAUUUGUAUGCCGACGACAACUACAUUUAUCUAUCCAGCCUAAACAUCACUCCUGAACUCUAGACUCAUAUCCAAUUGCCUACAUAACAUUUCCGCUUGAUGUGUAAUAGAUAUCUCAAGUUUGACAUGAUUAAAAGUGAUUUCUGAUUUUCCUCAUCCCCCAAACCUGACCCACCUACAGUCUUCCCAUUUUUUUACUUACUCAAACCAAAAAUGAUGGAGUCUUCCUUGGCUCUUCUCUUUCUCUCACACCCCACAAACCGAUCAGUGGUUCUACCUUCAAAAUACAUCCAGAAUUCAUCCUUGUUGCCAUAACUCUACUACCGUCUUGAUCUGAGCCACCAUCAUUUCUUGGCUAACUUACCUCAAUAGACUCCUAAUUGGUCUCCUUGCUUUCUGCCUUAUUCCCUACAGUCGAUUCUCAACACAAGCCAGAAUGAUCCUUUGAAAACCUGGAUCGUGUCACUACUCUCUUAAAACGCUGCAACGGCUCCCAAUUUCUCUCAGAUUAAGGCCAAAGUUCUCACAAUAACGUACUAGCCUCCCAUAUGAGGCUGGCCUCCAGUCAGCUCAUCUCCUUCUUACCCUCAUUCAGUCUUCCUACACACUGGCCUCCUUGCUGUUCCUUAUACAUUAUCAGUCAUGAUCCUAUUUUAGGGCCUUUGCACUGGCUGUUCCCUCUGCCUGAAAUGCUCUUCUCCCAGGUAGCCACAUGGUUAACUCCCUCACCUCCUUCAAGUCACUGUAUUAGUUUCUAUUGCUGUGUAACAAAGCACUGCAAAUCUUAGCAGCUUAAGACAGCAAACAUCUACUGUCUCAUAGUUUCUGUGGGUCAGAAUUUCAGGUACAGCUUAACUUGGUGUCUCUGCCUCAAGGAUUCACUGCCAUCAAGGUGUCACCAGGGCUCAGAUCUCAUCAGUGAGACCCACUGAGGGAGGACCCACCUCCAAGCUCACUCAGAUGAUUGUUAGCACGAUUUAGUACCUCAUGGGCUAUUGAACUAAGAGCCAGGAGCCCCCCACUUAGUUCCCAGCCAUGUGGGUGUCUCCAUAGAACAGCUCAUAGCAUGGUACCCAGGUUCCAUCACAGGAAGCAAGCAAGACGGAAGACACGUCUCUUUGUAACCUAAUCUUGGAAGUGACAUCCCACCACUUUUUCCAUAUUCUACUUGUUAGAAGGGAGUCGCCAGGUCUAGCCCAUACUUAAAGGAAGGACCUUACACAAGACAGGUGUGGAUCAUUGGGGCCCAACUAAGAGCCUGCCUAUCAUGGUCACCUUCUCAAUAAGGUGAUCUCCUUUCUUUAAAGUUGCAACCUAACCCCCCUCUCUCAUUUCCAUCUCCCUUUGCUCUUGUGAACAGGAAUAAAUACUUAUUGUUUUGAGCCACCUAGUUUUGAGCUGGUUUGUUCUGUAGCAAUAGCUAACUGAUGCACUAUCUUCUAAAAAAACUCUACAAUGUGCCUUUUCACUUUAUGCUUAUUACUUUUUGUCUGUCUCCCCUCACUGGAAUGUAAGCCACAUGAGGGCAGGAUUUUUUUUAUUGUUUUGUUCACAGAUGUAUCCCCAGCACUAGAAGAGUGUCUGGUACAUAAUAGAUACUCAAUAAAUAUUUAUUAAAUAAA